AUGUUUCUCCCUAUGGGCUUCAGCCUUUUGCUUUUCUACAAGGGCGUGCUGUGUAACCAAGUGACCCAGAGUUCCCCGGAGCAGAGAGUGGCGAGUGGCAGUGAGGUGACACUGCUCUGCACUUUCCAAACCACAUAUUCAAAUCCAGACUUGUACUGGUACCGAAUAAGACCAGAUGGUGUCUUCCAGUUUGUCCUGUAUCGGGACAACGCUAAAUCCCAUGAUGCAGAUUUUGCUCAGGGUAGAUUUUCCGUGCAGCAUAGUGUGCGCCACAAAACCUUCCACUUGGUGAUCUCCUCCGUGAGGCUUGAAGACACCGCCACUUACUACUGUGCUUUAGAGCUCCCACAGUGA